CGCCCGUGUGUGCUGCUUCGCUUUUUCAUGCAGUUUAUACCGUCUUUGCAAUGUAGAGCUGUAGUUUUUCAGACAUUUAUAGUGAAAGUGAACACUUAGUAUGCAUUCAGUGUGUGAUGUUAGACAAUACUACUUUGCAAGGGCGCGACCAAGUUAUUAGAAAACAGAUAGGGCCCAUAGAAUAGACUAGGUGGCAAUUUGGAAACGCUAUUUCCGUGAUAUUAGUAAUAGUAAGUAAAGAAAUAACUUAGUUUGAGAUUUCUUAGUGGUACCGAACUGUCCGCUGCGGUCAACUAAGUCAACGUUAUUUGGCACGAGAGCACCUGCCCACCUGUCAAUCUUUUUCAUCAACUUUGGUCAGAGGCCACGAGAAACGGUAGCGAAUUGUUGCAUUUUAAUGCGACCCAACGUGUGGGAGUCAACAUAUGACCAUAAAAGCAGAAAUACGGACCUCGUCUUAGUCAGAUGUGUGCAUUGGUACAUUCGGCAUUAUUAUAACUUUGAUUUAAUGUAUGCGAAAUGCAUUUCAACAUGUAUGAUUGGGUUGCAUAAAGGGAGUUAUUUCACAAAUGAAAUUGACUUGAUAGAUUGUACCUUUGGCGAAUCCGCUAUGAUAGGCGAAUAUGUCAGUAAAAGUGUUAAUAUAGGCUUAAUAACCUUUCCUGUUUUCAUAAUUACAAAGUAAGUUGUGAUUUGCCAUAUUUAUGAAGGACGCUUGGCUUGCCGUUGCCAAUAAGAUAACCGGUGUUAACUAGCACUCGUCACAAAACAGAUUAUUACGAGAUUUUGCCGUUUGAUUUGUGGCAUAUCCGAGUAGAACGAAUGCAUUUGAUCCUAAAAACAUAGCCUACAUACUUCAGACAUGAGCUACUUUCAUGUAGCUAUUGAUUAACUGCAUGCCUCGCUGCAGUUUGAGGAAGCCAACUUGACAGAAAAAAAGGAAGUGGAGACAUAGCCUACUAUGUGUACCUACAGUAUGCAGGGAACUUGUUGCAAACCUUUUUUGUGCACGCCUUUGAUUGUAGCAUUGAUCCCUCAGUGACCCUCACAUAAAGCUGCCUGUCCUUCACCGUCCAUUAUCUGAUAAUUAAAUGCAGCUUUUCUUUCUUCUUUUACUUGUCUAUACUUUCUUAGAAUCCCUCUCCAGGCCAGACUAUGAAGGCUAUAAACCACGAAACAGCUACAACCCACAUUUAAACUGCACGCAAGAAUACAUUCUCCCUUUAUGCUGUGUGUGGGCAACGACUAAUGAACACAGGUGCAAAAGAGGACCCAGCCCAGAGUAAAGAGCCAAAGUUCCUGGGUAAGGCUGGCUGGGUGAAGAAGGCCCCCGGCAGGCUCUUUACAAGCUAUAAGGACCGCUACGUCCAUGUGGAGAAGACAGAGAUUGUGGUGUAUGAAAAUGAGGACCUGCAGAACUGCUUAGAAAGGGUUGACCUGGAAAACUAUGAUAAGUGUCAUGAAUUAAGGAGCCCCUUCAAGAAGAAGCACAGACUGAUACUGAUUCGAUCACCCAAGCCUGGAAACAAGGUCCAUGAUGUGAAGUUCCAAGCUCAGACUGCAGAGGGGAAGGAGGCCUGGAUUAAAGCUCUGAUUGAUGGCAUCAAUCGAGCAAAGAACAAAGUCUUCGAUGAGGUGACGGUUGAUGAAAGCAUUAAUUUAGAGCAUGUUACUCGAACGAGGCCCAAAGGGAACCGUAACCGGCGGCCACCGACCAGGAUACACAUGAAAGAGGUAGCUGAUGUGUCGUCUGAUGGUAUCCUGCGUUUGGAUCUCGAUCUUGAGGAUGCCAUAAUGCCUAAUGGGACCCAUCAUUCCAGUGUUGAUGGCACUGAAACCCCCAAAGAGGCAAUUAAAGCCCCAACUCCUCCGUCCAAUGCCAGUGAAUCUGCUGAGGAGGCUCAGACUGAGCCAGAGGUCAGUCCCAAGAAAAAGGUCAUCAAACCUCCCAUGCCCCCUACCAAAGAGGCAAAACGCAGUUCAACACUUGAGGAUGAACCUGACAAGGAUGAGAAGAAGGUUCUGAAGCCGCCAAUGCCUCCAUCUAAAGAAGCCAAGCCGUGUGCUUCACCUGUUAAUGACGCCACAGAAGAAGAGGUCAAAGCUGAGAAGAUGUCUGAAAAGAGUCCCGAGGCCAAGAAAAAGACAGGUCCACCGCCAACCCCUCCCAACAAACCCAGCUCCACCGGCUCCCUAAGCAACCUUGCAGAGACCUCACAGUCCAGGCCAAACUCCCACCCUCCAACCCUUCCAUUGAAAGAGAAAAAACCAUCCAAUUCUGCUGUGGAGCCAGACCAAAAGGUUCAAGGCACGACUGACGAAAAUUUGGUGAAGGAAGAAGGCAGUCAAGAGGAGGCGGCAGGAACAGCUGCGGAAGCACAUGAGCCAGACAAGUCAAUAUCUAAAGAAGCUCCACCUAGUGUCGGAGAUGAUGAACCUGAGAGUCCCGGCGCAGAAGGACAGGUUUCUGAAGAGGAAUCAGAGGAGACUAUAGGUAGUGACGUAAGCAAAGCAUCCGACAAUGAGCCACAAGUACCCACAGAGACACUCGGGAAGAGCACCAGUCCUCUUCUAAUCCUCAAGAAAAAGCCUGAGAAACCUGUUGAGCCUGACACACAAAAUACAGGCGAUAACACAACUGUAACGCAGAUUAAUGAUGGACAGGACCCUACUGCGUUACUGCCAACAGCCUCAGAUACCUCAGCCAGUUCUCCUCAAGCAGAAGAGGCACUACCCAGGAGUGAUGUCCCCUCAGUAGUCGUCUCUUUGAAUGACCCGGUCAGCGACAGCCUAAGCCUGAGUCCGCUGCUCUGCCACUUGCCUGGGGAGAAAAAAAAGAAGAUGGAGGAGAAAUCUGUAGACAGCGGUCAGCACUCAGAUGAUGACAGCGAGGGCUCUGGGAGCGAAGACAUGCUGGUGGCAUCUACGGCCGCGUUGAGAGGAAUCCACGCCGGUCUGGAUGUUUUUGACACCAGCGAGAACGACAUUCAGAUCCCCGUUAGCUCAAAGCCGAAGAAGGCCCCACCCAAGCCUCAGGUUAGACCCAAGGUCUUCUCCUGUCGGCGCUCAGGGCCCACUCCGCCCCUCAAGCUCUCAACCAAGGUCAGGUCAGCCUCCAUCGGAGAUCUGCUGUCUGAUGACUCUUCAGUCUGUGUUCAGGCGAGACAGCAUACCAGAGCUGUGGCUGGUGGCGACGGGGCCCCCGGUGCCGCCGUCAUGAAACUUGAGACCGAAGUGGCGCUGGAGAUGGAGAAGACGAGGGAGCUCCUGAGCAGAGUGUCCCAGUCGCAGGGGGGAGGUGACGGGGAUGGCAAGACAGAGGAUCUGCUGGCCAAGGCCAUGGAGAAGCUGAAGAAGGCCGACCAUGUCCUGAGAGAAGUCAAUAAACUGAAAAUUGCAAACAACUCAAGCUACAGGAAGAGCUGGUGAAUGCCAGUCACAGCAGAUUUGCUUAACCCCUCUCCUGAACAGUGAUUGUCCAGUCAUAGCUUAGCAACCUUUGAUAGGCACAGCAAGCCUGUCAAGCUUUGGAUUUCUCCACACAGUCUGCUGUAUGAUUUGCAUGAGGCUGAAGUAAAAGUGAUAUUCGAUAUUGCCUUUCCAAAACUAAAAACAUGCCAAACAUGUAAGAAAUAGAUUCAACAGGGUGUUUGUCCGCUCCAAUGUAAGCCACAAUCAUUAGCGUGUCUGGAUAACAGGCUUACUACCUACAGUUACUUCCAAGGUCUUUCAAAUAGCCUUUCAGCUAAACACAUUAUUUUGUGUGGUUAUUGGUUUAAAAGAAACCCUAUUCACAAUGAGCACAUCCACAAUGUACUAUCUGUGUGGAGGCCGGUCCUGGAUUCUAUCAGAGUUUAGACUAAUGUUAGCGACUUUGUCCUGCUCUUUAAUGGAUCUGCAUCCUAAAAGCCUUUUCACUUGUAAUGUUAAAAUUGAUAAAUGAAGAUCUGUGACAUUCGAGCCCUUGCCAAAUGAGUUAACACAGAAAGGGGGAAAGAGCAUAUAGCGACAGAGGAGCAGCUAGGAGUAUGGCGGAAACUAUGGCGGAUAAUUGUAACAAGCGUCCAAGAAAAGUUUCUGGAGUGGAUGUUGCAGAUAAAAAAGAAACUUGGCGUUCAGAAGAAGGAUUAAAGUCCCAGUGAAACGGAAGUUAGAGCGUCUUUAGCUUCUGCACUGUGACGUAUUCCCAACUGAAACGGAAACAGAUUUGAACAGUUAGAAGAGGGAUUUAAAUUAAAUCCUCGCAUCUGAUUGGACCACUAAAAAGUGGGGCUUGCUUAAAAUGUAGCGUGAUAUAGAGCUACAGAGGACUGUGGCUCCGCACAAAACCUCCUUUGUCGCUAAAACUUGCAGAUUGAUUGAUGGAUGGAUGUCAUGAUAUUGAAUUCGGUUGGCACUAGCUUACGUAAGCACACUCAACUUUUGUUUUACAGGAGGAAAAGCUGAGUGGAUUUUGACAUAAAAAUAUGAAGAAAUUGAUUUUCUUGUAAUUGUUUUGCAUUUAUUGUUAAAAAGGCAUUUCUCAAUUCAUCUCAACAUCAAAGUUAAAAAAGAGAGAAAGCAAUCAACGUAGAGGACAAACACUCCUGGGGGCGGGUGAGAUGCGGAAACCUCACUGGCAUAGCCAAGUCAUAAGCAGCGUCAACGGUGUUUGUGUAAUUUCUCUCCCUACCAGAGGGGGCAGACUAAAGUUCCUCACUCCAGCUUUAAACGGACACAUCGAUCAACUUGUGGAGAUUAGGACUCAUUCUUGCAGCACGCUAUUGACUGAAACUUGGGCAGCAUGACUCAUCUUUUAUAGUUAUGCAGCACACGCAACUGUUCAUAUAACUGCUCAUAUAACUAAGUGCAAUUAUUUCUAUAGUUUAACUCUCUGCAGCUGAAGGUAAUGCUUUACGCUCUACUGUGUAUAUAUAAUUUUUUGUUUUUAAUGUGAAAUAUCAGUCAUUUUUGAGAACAAGUACUUGAAAGUUAAUUAGAGAAUUAAUAAUAUAAUGACAAAGCAGCACUGUCAUACAUUGAGAACAUGCAACAACAAAAAAGUACUAAAAAGUGUUAAUACCAAAUUACACAAUUGUUUUAAUAGUUUACUCUUCUUUGUGAAUUGAAUAGGCUUUUUUUUCCUAUUUUCAGAUACCAUGUUUAUGCUGGCAGUUUAUGAGGGAAUUAAUAUUGUACAUACUUAAUGCUUUUAUUACAGCAUGUGCUGUUCAUUGUCGAUGAGGAAAGAUGUACCAACCUAGCUCAGGAGUUCUCUGAAAUAAAUAUUUUCAGACUAAUCAUGUGAUUAAAGCAAAAUAAAGUACUGGUAAUCCAAACUGAUUCCAGUUUUGUUACUAAUGAUACUGUUUUCAUACUGAUAUUGUACAUAACACCGAACAAAGAGCUUGUAGCAGCCCUUUUGGCUCUAACCAACCCCUCUUACAGUUUAAUUUCACUUAUGUCCCUAUUUCUGUCCAAUUAUUUGUUAUUAAAAAGAUGUGACGAUAGUGUUUAAGACUAUUUCAAAUAUGUCAAGCCUUUUAGAAAAUGCAAGAAUAUGUUUUAACCUGACAUAUUGUACUCGUUUGAUACAAUUUGCUAUUGCCCAAAUAAACAAAGUGAAACUA